AUGCUUUUACUUUUCUUCUUUAAUUUCUUCAAUCUUCUCUGUAAUUUCUUUUUCUUUAAUUUUCUCCUUCUAUGCUAUUUCUUUUUUGCCUUUAAUCUCUUCUUUCUACAUUAUGUCUUUUUCUUCGCAAAUUUCUUCAUUCUUCUAUGUUAUUUCUUUAAUUUCUUCAUUCCUCUACAUUAUUUCUUUUUCUUCAUUAUAUUUUUUUAUUUCCAUUACAUUUUUUUUAUCUCCUUGUUCCAUAAUUCUUCUAUUUUGUUCUUUGGAUUUCAAUAUCUUUCUCUUUUAGCUUAUAUUUUUUCAUUUAUUGUUCUUUCACUUUCCAUUUCUCUUUUUUUCUUUUUAUGUUUAUUUUUUUCUUAUGGUGCUGAUUGUAAUUUUUUUUUACUUUUUUCAUUUUUUCAUUUUUAUUGUUCUUUCAGUUUCUUUCCAUUUCUAGAUUACACUCUCUUCUUCUAUUUUAUCUACUCCUCCUUACUCUUCGUUGUCUUUUUCAUUUUGUCAUUCACCUUAACAGAGAUUACACUCUCUCUUCCAUUCCUUUCUCUCCUCCUUACUCUUCCGUUGUCUUUUUCUCUUCCCUUUGUCAUUCACCUUAACAGAGAUUACACUCUCUUCUUCCAUUUUAUCUUCUACUCCUCCUUACUCUUCCGUUGUCUUUUUCUCUUCCCUUUGUCAUUCACCUUAACAGAGAUUACACUCUCUUCUUCUAUUUUGCCUCCUACUCAUCCUUACUCUUCUUUUUUCCACAUUUUCUUUUUUUUUAUCUUGUCAUCAUUUUUCAUUCUUUGUGAUUUUUUUCUUUUUUACUCCAUUUUCUUUCAUUAUCCUCUUUCCCUUUUCUUCUAUCACUCUUCCUUUCUCUCUUAUACUCCCUUAUACUCAUCUUUCUCUCUUACACUCAUCUCUAUUUCUUAUACUCAUCUCUCUUAUACUCAUCUCUCUUUCUUAAAAUCAUCUUUCUUUCUUAUACUCAUCUCUACUUCUUAUACUGAUCUCUCUUAUACUCUCAUAUUCAUCUCUAUUUCUUAUAAUUAUUUUUCUCUUAUACUCAUCUCUAUUUCUUAUACUCAUCUCUCUUAUACUCAUCUCUAUUUCUUAUACUCAUCUUUCUCUCUUAUACUCAUCUCUAUUUCUUAUACUCAUCUUUCUCUCUUAUACUCAUCUGUCAUUUCUUUUAUUUUUAUACAACUUUUCCUUUUCCUAUUUUAUAAGUUCUCUUUUCAGUUUGUUUUUAGUUUAUCUUCUCCAGAUCUCCAUAUUAAAUCUUAA